AUGGAGGAGGGGAUGCGGGUGGCGGUGGUGGGCGCCGGCGUGAGCGGCCUGGCGGCGGCGCACGAGCUGGCCCGGGCCGGCGGCGGGGCGGCGCGCGUGACGGUGUACGAGGCGGAGGAGAGCCUCGGCGGCCACGCCAGGACCGCCGACGUCGACGGCGUCCCCCUCGACCUCGGCUUCAUGGUCUUCAACCGGGUGACAUACCCAAACAUGCUGGAAUGGUUCGAAGAGCUUGGCGUGGAGAUGGAGAUAUCAGACAUGUCGCUGUCAGUGAGCACGCAGCUCUCAGGCGGCGGCAGGUGCGAGUGGGGCAGCCGGAACGGCCUCUCGGGCCUCCUGGCACAGAAGAGCAAUGCCCUCCGGCCCGCCUUCUGGCACAUGAUCCGCGAGAUACUCAAGUUCAAAGAGGAUGCCCUCAAGUACCUUGAGGACCAUGAGAGCAACCCUGACCUGAACCGGCACGAGACUCUGGGGCAGUUCAUCCAGACGCAUGGAUACUCCCAGCUCUUCCAGGAGGCUUACCUGAUCCCAAUCUGUGCGAGCAUAUGGUCAUGCCCGUCGCAGGGGGUGCUCGGCUUCUCCGCUUUCUUCGUCCUCUCCUUCUGCCGCAACCAUCACCUCCUUCAGAUCUUCGGUCGGCCCCAAUGGCUCACCGUCAAAGGCCGCUCGCAUACAUAUGUAAACAAGGUAAGGGAUGAGCUGGAAAACAUGGGUUGUCAGAUUAAGACCAGCUGCCAAGUCAAAUCAGUUUCAAGCUUUGAAGGAGGAUACAGAGUCUUGGAGGUCGGUGGCUCGGAGGAGGUGUAUGACAAGAUCAUAUUUGGUGCUCAUGCACCCGAUGUUCUGAGAAUGCUAGGGGAUGAAGCAACACACGAGGAGUUGAGAAUUCUGGGUGCUUUCCAAUAUGUCCACAGUGACAUAUACCUCCAUCGCGAUGACACUUUGAUGCCACAGAACCCGUCGGCGUGGAGCGCCUGGAACUUCUUGGGGACAACAAGCAGCGGCGUCUCUGUUACCUACUGGCUAAAUCUCCUCCAGAACAUCGAAUCCACCGGCAGGCCGUUCCUGGUGACGCUGAAUCCACCUCAUGUCCCGGAUCAUGUCGUGCUCAAAUGGAACACCGGCCAUCCUGUUCCGUCUGUCGCUGCUGCAAAGGCUUCGUUGGAGCUUCAGCAGAUCCAAGGAAACAGGGGAAUAUGGUUCUGUGGGGCAUAUCAAGGUUAUGGCUUCCAUGAAGAUGGCCUUAAGGCUGGGAAGUCUGCAGCUCAAUGUUUACUUGGGCAGAAGAGCAGCCUUCUUCUGAACCCGAAACAGAUGGUCCCGUCGUGGACGGAAACUGGGGCUCGCCUUCUGGUAACAAGGUUUCUCAACCAAUAUGUCACCAUCGGUAACAUGACCAUUCUUGAAGAAGGUGGCACUAUGUUCAGUUUUGGUGAAGUCGACAAAAAAUGUCUUGUCAAAACUGUCCUGCGAGUUCAUGACCCUCUCUUCUACUGGAAGGUCGCAACCGAAGCGGAUCUUGGUAUGGCAGAUGCAUAUAUUAAUGGUUAUUUUUCUUUUGUUGAUAAAAGAGAAGGGCUCCUGAAUCUUUUCCUGAUUCUCAUUGCUAACAGAGAUGCGCAGAAGAGUAGUAACAGUGCUGCCGGUAAAAGGGGUUGGUGGACGCCCAUGCUUUUAACAGCUGGGAUUGCAUCGGCAAAAUAUUUCCUCCGCCACAUCUCAAGGAAGAAUACUGUCACGCAAACUCGCCGAAACAUCUCUCAGCACUAUGAUCUGAGUAAUGAUUUCUUCUCGAUUUUCCUGGAUCCAUCGAUGACUUACUCGUGCGCAGUAUUCAAGGUGGAAGAUGAAAGCUUGGAAGUAGCCCAGCAACGCAAAGUUAACCUCCUAAUCAAGAAGGCUAAAGUGGAGCGGAAUCAUCAUGUUCUUGAAAUCGGUAGCGGUUGGGGCAGCUUGGCAAUGGAAGUGGUGAAGCAAACGGGAUGCAAGUACACAGGGAUUACACUGUCUGAGGAGCAACUUAAAUAUGCUCAAAUGAAAGUAAAGGAGGCUGGUUUGGAGGAUCGUAUAACUUUUCUGCUGUGUGACUACCGUCAAAUACCAAGCCGGUGUAAGUACGACAGGAUCAUAUCAUGCGAGAUGAUUGAAGGGGUUGGUCAUGAAUUCAUGGACGAUUUCUUUGGCUGUUGUGAGUCUCUAUUGGCUCCAGAUGGCCUAUUUGUCCUCCAGUUCAUAUCGAUUCCGGAAGAACGGUAUGAGGAAUACAGGAGAAGUUCAGACUUCAUAAAGGAAUACAUCUUUCCAGGGGGUUGCCUUCCUUCCUUGGCCCGGAUCACGUCAGCCAUGUCCGCCGCGUCCAGGCUCUGCAUCGAGCAGGUUGAGAACAUCGGGUACCAUUACUACCCGACGCUGAUACGCUGGAGGGAUAACUUCAUGGCCAACAAAGAUGCCAUUUUGGCUCUUGGAUUUGACGACAAGUUCAUCCGUGUAUGGGAGUAUUAUUUCAUAUACUGUGCUGCCGGUUUCAAGUCACGGACGCUUGGAACUUACCAGAUUGUGUUUUCUCGACCUGGCAACGACAAGCUGGCCUGCGUCGACAACCCCUACGCAAGCCUUCCGGCAGCCUAG